CGUCCUCUCCAUCGAACAGUCGCUCCUUACUCGCGCCCACUGACACGAAACUAUCCUUCAGCGCUUUUCACUUCGUGCGGCCUCCAGUCGCAAACGACAUUCAACCCUCAUCGCACGAGCCUUCACCGGAACAACACCACUGCCACGAGCGACCCACAACGCACAUCGUAGACACCACCUCGCGUAUCCACUUGCCCAGCAUGUUCUUCGUCAAGAAUAUGGACCGCGAGGUGACGAUCCACCCUUCCUACUUCAACAGCGAUGCGGAGAAAAUCGUGCUGGACAGACUGCGCGCAGAUAUCGAAGGGACAAUCGAGGGAACACUCAUGGUGAUUCGGAUCGUGGAUGUGGAGGAUAUUAGCGAGCCCAAGCUGCAGCCGGGCACUGGGAUGGCGGUCUACCACUUGCACUACCGCGCGAUUGUUUGGAGGCCUUUUCGUGGGGAGGUGGUGGAUGGAUUGGUCAGCAGUGUGGUGAACAAUGGCUUCUUCGUGGACGUGGGCGCAUUGAGCGUGUUUGUGAGCAAAGCGAUGAUUCCCAGUACUCUAAAGUACACCAUGGAGGGCUCGACGCCGGCGUUUACGGACAACCAAGACCAGAGCGUGGAGAGAGGCACACAAGUGCGCCUGCGGAUCAAGGGUAUUCGUGGAGAGAUGGGCAGCAUGUAUGCCAUCGGCAGCAUUCGCGAGGAUUACCUUGGGUAA